AUGCCACAAGCAUCUUCCGCCAUUCCAGGCGUCCCGAAGGCCAGCCUGGCCACGGUCAUCCCCUCCAACGUCCUUGCCGACAUAUUCGCGUAUCUCGCCCCCGUUCCACAGACUAUCGGACUCCGGUGGCAACCGCGGAGCCUUGCCGAGGGGCGACAGACACUUGCACACGACCAUCUGCUUCGCGUUGGUGGGGUCUGCCAGGCUUGGAGGCGGGCAGCUGCGUCCCCGUCGCUCUGGACGACGCUCGAGGUGGACUUCGUCGCUGAGCCAACGGCAUCAAUGCUAGGUCUGAUGGCGCUGUUCCGUGUCCUCCUGCCGCGUUCCCGGAGGCUCCCGUUGACGAUCCACUUGCGAAUUCCCAUCAGGCAACUGGAGAAAAUUAAAGGACCAUUCUCCGUGUUGGCCAAGACUGCGCCGCGGUGGCGUGUGCUAAAUAUCUGUGACGGAUAUCCGCAACGGCAGCCCCACAGCGACUGGCCGGGGUCGCUUAAACUCCCUAAGCGCACGAAGAUGCCUUUACUCGAAGAGCUCCAUGUCGUCCCCCGCAAUCGCCUCCCCAUCAACAUCACCACGGACAAGUCCCCACACUUGCGGCGCAUCUUCACCGGCCCGGUGGCCUUGCCACAGACCCCAAACCCCGCAGCGGACGAGAAGGCAAAGAAAAAAGCGACGGCGGCCCGCGGACGGUUAUCCAUCCCGUCGCAAGCAACCGAGAAGUACCUCACGUCCCACCACAAAACCCCAGGGAACAUGUUCCUCGCGCUUAGGCAGCUGGGGCGCACGUCGGGCCCGCUCCACCUCAGCAUCAUCCCCUCCAGCCCGCCCGAUCCGCUGGCCAUCCUUCCCCCCACCCUCGGCUGGGGCUCUUUAGAGACACAGGAGCUCAAUCUGACCGUCGGGACCCCACACCGCGACAAUGAUCUCAGAACUCCUGCGGCCAGCGGCGCACUCGAUCUCAUCAUCAACAGACUGAUGGCCCCGUAUUUAACGCGCCUCACGAUUGCUAGCGCCUCGAACGACGUGUUGUCUCUCUCGCCAGCCACGUUCGCGCAGUUUGUGGGCCGCAACGAGCACGUGAUGGGCGUCGCGCACCUCGAGGAGCUUCACCUCCUCAACGUCGUCUUCGCGGAGCGGACCCACAUCAUCACGAUGCCACUGGGGCGGCCAGAUGCCAUCAAGGCUGAGCCGCUGCUCAGCGCGACCCAACAAGCAGAACGGUGGAUGAGCGCCGUGCCGCAUCUCACCCGCCUCACCCUCAGCGACCUGCCGCCGCGGCCCGCUGCCGCUCCGCUGGACCCCGCCACCGCCGAGCCGACCCACUGGCGACACGUGAUCAGCAGCGCAUUCUUCGCGCAUCUCGCCGCCUGCCCGCAGCUGCUCCCGAAACUUGUAGCGCUCACGUGUUACACGACGCUCCGCUUCCACCCGCGCCACUUGCGCGCGCUCGUUCUCGCACGGCCCCAGCUGCGCGUCCAUCUCAAGGUCUUGGACGGUGCUCGUAGGGUUAAGGUCGCCGAUGCUGUGUAUUGUCCCCGGGUAGAUGUGGAGCCCGUCCUCCUGUUCGAUGAGAGGGCGAAGAGAAGUGAUUGGUCUGCGUUUUGGUAG